AUGACUUCACCAUCCGUACAAGCAUUCACCGAAAAGGAAGUGGCAGCCCAUAAAACGCGCGAUGACUGCUGGAUGAUCAUCCAAGGACAAGUCUACGAUGUCGCCAAGUACGUCGAUGAUCAUCCCGGUGGCGCCGAUAUCCUGAUCGAUGUUGCGGGCAAAGAUGCGACAGUGGAAUUUGACAACGCUGGCCACUCUGAAGACGCGUUUGAAAUAAUGGCAGAGUAUCGUGUUGGAAAGUAUAGUGGCGCUCCAAAAGCAACGUCCCAAAAGCCAGUCACUCUCCAAGCCCGAAACAUGUCGCCCAAGUCGAACGGCUCAGACCGAAGCCUCACUUCCAGCGUCACUACCGCCGUGGCAGCCAUGUCUGUUGGCACAGCGGCUCUAUAUGGAGCCUCCAGAUUCGUUAAUCCCAAGACAUUGAUUGGGCUACCUCGUUUCAACAUUCCGUCGCUGAAAUCGGGCCACUCGCGUGUAGGGUUCUUUGAAGGUUUCCUCCUAGCCUCUGCCCUAUUCACCAUAUCCAGCACCGUGGUGGUUAGCAGACUCUCAAGACUCCUUCUCUUUGAGGAGGGUGGCUUCAUGAGCUACGCUCCUCAUAAGAAGUUGCCCAGAGCCAUUAAGGCCAACCCUCUGAUUACUCGAGGUUGGCUUGAUGCUUCGACCUAUCACGCCUUGCCGCUUGCUAGCAAGGAACUCGUUGCCCCCGGAGUAUACCGAUUCGUUUUCACCUUGCCCACUCCAACGACGGUUCUAGGGCUACCAAUUGGCCAGCAUCUGGCCAUCAAGGCGGAAAUUGAUGGCAAGGUCGUUAGUCGGUCAUACACGCCCAUUUCCAACAACUCUGAUGUUGGCACCUUGGAUUUAAUCAUCAAGUGCUAUCCGGAUGGAAAAUUGACCGGGCAGUACCUCGCCAACCUCCAAGUUGGUGAUGAUGUGCUGUUCCGAGGUCCCAAAGGCGCAAUGCGAUAUCAACGUGGUCUCUGCAAGCAAAUAGGCAUGUUGGCUGGUGGUACUGGUAUCACUCCCAUGUACCAGAUCAUCCGCGCUAUCUGCGAAGAUGACCGCGACCUCACUCAAGUUAGUCUCAUCUACGCCAACCGAUCAGAAGAAGACAUUCUUCUACGAGCAGAACUUGAGACAUUUUCUCGUCGCUACCCGCAGAACCUCAAGAUAUACUAUCUCCUCGAGAAUGCGCCGAGUGAUUGGGCAUAUGGUGUUGGAUAUGUAACGCAGGACAUGAUGGCAGAAAUGUUCCCCGCCCCUAGCAUGGAUUCCAAAAUCAUGCUGUGCGGUCCACCAGGUCUGGUAAACGCGGCGAAAGCGUCACUAAGCAAUCUGGGCUUCGAACAACCCGGAGCAUCUUCGAAGAUGACAGACCAGAUCUUUUGCUUUUAA